AUGAUUUAAGAAGCAUAGUUUUCAAGAAACUAAAGAGCCCCAUCUCCUAAUUUGAAAAUUAAGAAGGACCAUAAGUCAUAAUAAUUUUCCUCUCUUAAUACUAGUCAUUAAUCACUUGAUUAAUAAUACUAAUAUCCUGAAGAAGGAAAAUUAUUAAAUUUCAUCAUUGAAAUUGAAGAACUCUAAUAAAAGUCUAUUUUUAAUUUAAAGUUGAUUUCUUUCUCUUUAGAAGAUGUCUAAUAGAAAUGUAUAUUCAUGUUUAAAUAUUUUUUAGUGGCCAUUACAGAUGAUCCAAAUAAUUCUUAAUUAAGAAGGCAAUGGCAAUAUCAUAAACAUUAUUAUUAGGAAUUUUAAUAUUCACUUAAAAAUGAAAAUGUACAUCUAGGAAAUAGUUUGCAAAAUUAAAAGAUAUCCUAGAAUCUAAGAAGUAGAAUGGUUGAUUGGAUGAUUGAAGUAUUAGGAAAUUAUAUUGAUACUACUACUAAUUCUACUUUCUUUAGAUCUGUAUCUAUUAUGGACUAUUUCCUAUUGAAAUCCAACACAUAAUAUUCAGAUUAACAUUUACAUCUAAUAGGAAUAAGUAGCAUGUUUAUAGCAACAAAAUUAGAAGAUAUCUAUCACAUUCCUUUGGAAGAUUUUGUUUAAAGGGUUGGUCAUAAUAAAUAUUCAAUGUAAUUAUUUAGUAAUCAAAAUUAGACUAAAAGUUAAAGAUAUGGAGAAAAUCAUAUUGGAAACAUUGAAUUAUGAGAUUACAUUUCCUACUAUUCUAGAUAGACUUUAUCAUUUAUUUUAUCAAUGUUUCAGUUUAAAUGAUGAGUAAUAAUAAAUAUUUAUAUUCUAGUCCUAAUUUAUAGAACAUAUUAGAAGCCAGUAUCUUUAUUUUAAAAAUGUGUCUUCAUGAUUAUUCUAUUAAUUUCUUUCAUGCUAAUACUUUAGCUGCUACUUCAUUCUUUUAUUCUAUACGUGAUUUUGUAAUUUAAAAAGAUUAUGAAAAUUAAGAGUAAAUAUUAGAUUAAUUUGUAUUUAUCAUCUAAAAUUAUUAUAGAUUAAUAGAAUUACUUAAAUAUCUGAAAUAGAUUUAUUCGAUUUUAAUUAAUGUUAGGUGAAAUUAAAAGAUCUGAUCAAUUCAUUUAAAAAAAAAUAUCCAGAUUUAUAGAACUUAAAUAAGUUUUCUUGA